GUGGCAAAAAUCUACAGAGUAAAUGUUGAAAAAAAAAAUAACAAAAAUAGGAAAAGUCAGUAGCUAUGAUGUUACGUUUUUUUCGCGUACGUUUCUCGAAGCGCAAUACAAACCUUACUCUGGUUUCCCGAGAGGAUAUUGCGCAAAACGUUAUCAGAGGGUCACGCACUGUCUGUUUGAUCUAGAUGGAACUAUUCUCAAUUCCGAGGUAACAUACCAUAAAAUGUUAAAAGACGUCUGUGCGAAAUAUGGAAAAAGGUAUACAAAGGAAUUAGAGAAAAGGAACUAUGGCUCGACUGACAGUGAAAUAUGCCGCAAUGUGGUCAAAGAAUUACAACUUGGGAUAUCACCUAAUCAGUUGGAAUGUGAGAUGAUCGAACUGUCAGAGAGGACGCUCCCAAAGGCACCUUUACAAGCAGGUGCGGAGCGCCUCUUGACGCACCUCCACGACACCGGGAUCCCGUUGGCGCUGGCCACCAACUCCUCGCGGCGGGCGGUGCGGCUGCACGCGGCUGCCAGACCCAAACUCUUCGGAAUGUUCCACCAUUGGGUAUGUGCAACGGAUCCCGGCGUGGACCGGGGCAAGCCCUUCCCCGACAUCUACCUGUACGCCGCCUCCCUGUUCCCGGACAAACCGAAACCCGCAAAGUGUCUCGUCUUCGAAGAUUCGACUGUCGGAUUAGAAGCAGCUUCCUCUGCCGGAAUGCAGGUCGUCAUGACACCGCCACGACACCUUGCACCGGAGUAUUCUAAAAAAGCGACCCUCAUCAUCAAGACUCUCCUGGAAUUCAAACCUGAAAUAUUCGGACUCCCCCCAUUUACUGGGAAACCAGAGUACCCUACGAAAAAGCAGCCAAAAAUGUACUAUUAGACAUUAACAAACUUAAUUGAUAGUAAGUAGCGAAUCAAUAUCACGUACCAAUCAUUUGAAUUCGCGGAACAAUCUAUUGAAUACAACGAAUCAAUUACUUGAAUUCAUUGAAGCAAUCAUAAUAAUAUACAAAAACACCAUGCAAUAGAUAUUUUCAUCUAUUUAAAAAUAUACCAAUCUAUCUUAUAUUGAAGAUAGAGAUUGGUAUUUAUUAGUUUAUAAUAUUUGGAUGUUGUUUUGCGAUCCAGUAUUGAGCUUGAUACAUAAUUAUAUUUGAAAUCUUUAUCAUAAUACUGCGCCUGGCCUUCCCGGCUGGGUGCAGGCUCUUAGACUACUUGUUUCCCAGCCGAAGGCGACAGAAUCGUCAAAACAACAAAUUUAGACUGAAACAUUAACUCACAUAUUUCAAUUUAAACAAUAAGCAAGUAAUUUAUUGCAAUCCAAAUGGUUUUAGGCCGUAAAGCAUAUUCUCAUUUCACGUGUCAAGUAAAGAGUGCUCGUGGCUAAGUAACAGCCGCACAAUUCGAUCGCUCACCGGUUAAGCCAGGCUUAACGCGGUCGGUCAAACGAUGGGUUACCAUAUCGCUGUCAUAACGAGUUUCUCAAUGUUUGAAUGCACGGUAAACUGUGCUCGUGUGACAUAUGUACAUCUUUAACGGUUAUUUCUUGUAUCAGAAGCCAACAAGAUAACGUGUUGCCCAGGUAACUGGGUUGAGGAGGUCAGAUAGGCAGUCGCUCCUUGUAAAACACCGGUACUUAGCUGAAUCCGGUUAGACUGGAAGCCGACCCCAACAUAGUUGAGGAAGAAGACUCCAUUAAUCAAUACAUAUUUGGGUUAUACUCGAGAGAAUCAGCCAUUGUUAACUGGACGAUAUGUAAUUUAAUUAUGGCUAUGGGUAUCUAUGAAUUCGUUCUUAUUAAAAAGUAUUAAAUACGUUUCUGUACUUAUAAAAGCUUGAAUAUUAUAGGUACAAUAGAAACAUUAGACUGCAAAACAUAAUUCUUCUUUGCCACCCCAAAGAAAAAUAUAAUAUUGCCGUUUAAAUUGUUUUCUUGUACCUAUUAAGUUUAUUUUGUACAGAUACUAAAUUAUGUUAUACUUAAUUGCGUUUACGACUAAAAUAUGUAAUUUAAUCGCGUGAAAUAUUAAUUACUACGUAUAAAGCGAAUUAAAUUUAAACUGAAUAUUUUUGAUAAACGCUUUUAACUAAGAAUAAUUAGUAUUAGAUAACCAUACGACCAUAAUCAUAACCUAUUUCAAAUUGACAAUUAUUGAAUUGUAAGUUAAAUUGGAAUAUUCAAUUGAAAUUACCAAAUAUGUUGAAUAUUUAUAAUUUAAUAUGUCUACAGUA